GCCUGGUCCGUCCAUUCGAUGGGAUAGUCGCAGCCAGGGGGUGGCUGCGUGGUGGAAGGUGCUUCGACUCGACGAGAAAUAGUCGUGCGUCGGCGUUGGCCAGAAGAGGCAGCGUUUCGGCGCGGUGCGUCGCGAUGCUGAAGCGUCAUAGAGCAAAGGUACGCGAGAGUGAGAAAACAUGAGUGGGAGUAGGACAGUCUGAGGGAGCGCAGAGGAGGACGCGAGACACGGGAGGCAGGGUCGUAUCACGAGCUCCUUGGUGCCUGGGGGAUGAUGGAAUCGGCGCAGGCGUCGGUUCGCGGCUCGAAUCUCGCCGCCAAAGGAACGCGCCACUCCGCCCCCGGCACGGCAGCCACGCGAUCGCCCUCCGAAGCCGACUAACCUCCCAGAUCGCUUAUCCUUCCGGAGCACCGCCGUGUGCACGGUGCCGCGUCCACGCGUUAAAAUAUGCCGCUCCGAUAAUUCGGGGGACGCCGAUCAAGGACAAUGAUUCCAUCGGAUCUCGUACCGAUCGAGAGCCCCGGUCAACCGGGGGACGCGAGAGAUAUCGUUCCUUAGGUAAAUACCGUUAUACGUUAUCCUAACCGAAUUUAUUUAUUCCGUUCAGCUGUGAUCGUGUAUGAAUUUUAUUUUUAGAAUCGCCAUAUAGUUUUUCAUAAUAUUUUUUUCAUUAGUACCUUGUUUCUUUAUAUCUUCUCACGACGAUUCGAAAUGGGCGGGAACGGGAUCUCGUGAACUUGGAUUGCAGGAAUAAUCGAGUGACUCGAGUGUGUUUGUUAUCUGGUGUUCAGGUUCAAAAGUUAAUUCGACAGGGUGAAUCCUGUUGCCAGAAGUGUACGCGCGAAAGACGUUAAAUUCUAUGUGCUCAAGACAGAGAUGGGUAUCGUGAAAUUCUUGGCAGGAAUCAAAUGGCGAUGAUCUGGAAAACCAAUACCAGGAGCUAUUCCGGCUGUUACUCGUGCGGAAAGUAGUGUUCAGUGAUGGGACUCUACUUCGAGAAUUGCUGGGACAAAGUGCCGUGCCAAGUAAAAACGUGUUACAUUAAUCGUCUUCCUUAUUGGCUUUUGUCAAGUCCCACUACUACCCCGCGUGAGGAGGACGAAGAUACUGUCGCGUACGUCCGCAGAAUGUUCGCUUAAUCGUGCCGAAAAACGUGAGGAUCGCACGACUGUGCGUCGUGCUGGGAUUUUCUUUUUCCAAGCGUCCAAAGGACACGUUGUUCGAGGUGUCGAAGCGAGGGAAUAAUGGAAAGGAUAAAAAGUUUCGAACAGCGUGCCAAUGAGAGAAACAAAUAUCACACUGAAUUGCAGUGGCAGACUGUAAAAGGGACGAAGUAAAGAUACCAUUGAGUUAAUGAAGCUAUAAAAGUAUUAUUAAAAAAUAUUUAACUAGUUCAAGUGUCUUUGUAGACAAUUAUUUUACGCCCUUUUUUUUCGAAGAGGCUACGGACAAUUGAGUGCUCGGACAAAAAUAAAUGUUGGAGAUUUAUCGAAUUGGAGGUACGUCUGUUCGGUGCUAGUAACUUGCAUGCUGCAACGAAUGCAAGACGCGGCGGCAAGACUGAGCGAUACUUAAAACGGAAUACGUAUUUUUAAUCGAGCUUAUCUGAAGUCUCGAAGACGCAGACCACGAGACUCGGAGAACAUGCGAGUCUCACAGUGCCGCGUAGGGAAUCAUGCGACCAGCACGUUCUCGGAAUACGCUUCUCACGGGUCUGGAUAAACUUUAGUAAAACCAGUCGACUUAGUUUUUGCGACGAGGGAAGCGUGUGUCGUUAAACCGCGAUCGAACGAGAAAGGACGUCGGGGAAAUCGUAUUCGUCCCUAAGCACCAUCGAACGAACAGUAUUAAGCCGCAAGACUGUGAUAAGCAUCGAAACGUGCCAACGAUAGCAACGCAAUUUAAGUGAUCAUGAAAGGUAGAAGAUAUUAUUUGACCAAUUGAAAAAUCAAAAUAGAAACGGCAAUUGGGCGAGUGGAAUUUGUGGAAAAUUGUUCCUAAUCCGUAUAAUAAAUCGUAUCCAGUGAAGUGACGAGGCCCGAGGAGUCUUCCCGGUUUAUUAUUUCUGAAGUAACCAGCUGAUCGAAUGAUCCUUGGGAUAAUUUAGGAAAUAAUACUCGACAGUGGUGGGUCGGGGGAGAAUAGUAGCAAUAAUGGGGAGCAGAUAGUCUCUCGAGUGAUUUCUCGAGAGUCGAUCGUCGCUUCGCAAAUGGGCGAGCCGAAGUCUGCCGCCCCUCCGCAGCCGAACGGCGGAGUGAAGCAGAAGCCGACCAGUCUGAACUUAGCACUGGGAGCUCUCCAUCGAAGCGUGAAUGGUCGUCUCAGUUUGAAUGAUCGUCAUCUACAGCACGUCACCGCGGCCGGCGGUGGCGUCGGCGUCGCCGGCAGCGGCAUCAACGGCAGUGGCACCGGCGGACGUACAACUCGUGGGAAAUCCACGUCACCAAAUCCUGCAUGCGGGAACGAAUCUCUCAGUGGGCAGCAGCAACAUCAGCAACAACUACUGCCAGCACUACCAACAGUACCAACAUUAUCCGGCCUAUCACCGUGGGGUCUACCUACAGAACUUGAAACUGUCCUGGAACCCCAGCCCCCGCCCCCUCCGGCCCCCUCAUCACAUUCCCAGAACCCGCAUCGCUCCACUGUCAACGAUCAGCACCAGCAGCAGCACCAGCAGCAGCAACGCAACAACUUGCAAUCAUCCCCGAUCAACCAGCUACCCACACGUAGUCCGAGCCACAGUGGGAACGGGUUCCCACUGUAUACACCACCAGCUCCAAUACCAGCAUCCGGGGCAAAUAAAGUUCGCUCCACUCCCAAUGGACUACCCCAGUCAGCACCGCGGCGUCCUCAUAGUAUUGCCGCUCCCCCAUACCACGGCGUCAACGUCGGUGUCACUGGAGGCGGCAAUGGCGGUUUACACCCCCUUAACCAAUUCACCGGGAGGCAACAGCCACCACCACCACCACCACCAUCAU